GCUCAUUUGCUCGUGUAUACCACUUGCGUCCCCUUUUUAUUUCACAAUCGCUCUCGCUCAUUCGUUCUCUCUUCCUGUCUUUCUCCAAUCAGAGGUCCUUCCUUUCAUUUGCCGAUCUUCAGUACUACGUACUUUCACUUGCUAAUUGGGUAUGUUGUGAAGUCGUCCAUGGUAUUUUCAUUGGAAAAUAAAUAUGUUUCUUUUUCGACUUCUUCUUGCUUCAACCAUCAUGACCGUUUGCUUUGCAACGUUCGCUUCCGGAGCCCUUAAACUGCCCGAUGAUGAAGUGCAAGCUUUGGCUGUCAUAUUCAAUACGUUGGGGAAGAAGGACUGGGGCUUCUCUAACCCAUGUAAUAGUACUGUACCACCAUCGGCCGUAAAAGAGGAUACUGCUGCUGUUAACUGCAGCAACUGCGUCGUGAAUGGCAUUAACGAGUCAUAUCGCGUUGUGGGCAUAUUUCUCAAAAGACAGAAGCUAUCAGGCAUUCUUCCUCCAGAUUUGGUGAAGUUACCUUGCCUACAAGACUUUGACCUCGCUGGCAACUACCUUAACGGUUCAAUCCCUUCGGCAUGGGGCUCCAUGCAGCAGCUGGUCAACCUUUCCCUUUAUGGAAACCGGGUAACGGGUUCUAUCCCCAGAGCUCUUGCAAACAUCACAACUCUCAAAAGCUUGACGGUUUCGUUCAAUCAGCUUUAUGGAAAUCUUCCUCCAGAGCUUGGGAGUAUGUCCUCCAUAGAAACACUUUCACUCAGCUCGAAUAAUUUUACUGGGGAGCUACCUCCUUCAUUUGCAAGCUUGACCUCAUUGACAGAUUUUCGGAUCAGCGACAAUCAAUUUUCUGGACAGAUUCCCAGUUAUAUUCAAAACUGGAAAAACCUCACUAAACUAUUUAUUCAGGCAAGUGGUUUGAAGGGGCCGAUUCCCCUUGAUCUUUUGGGAAAGUUAACUGACUUGAGAAUCAGUGACUUGAAUGGAUCUGACGUAACUUUUCCAAUACCAAUCAUUAACGUAUCACAAUGGGAAAUACUGAUAUUGAGGAAUUGCAAUCUUACUGGACCGCUACCCGAUCAAAUAUUAUUACCUGCCGACGGGAAAACGGAAUUUAAAACCUUAGAUCUCAGCUUCAACAGUCUAAGUGGAGUAAUUCCAGAGAGCUUUUUACAUCUAAAUACUGUAGACCACAUAUACUUAACCCACAACUUGUUAACUGGACGAAUACCUGCUUGGAUACUGGAAUCAAGAAAAAAUAUCGAUCUUUCAUUUAACAAUUUUACAAUUGACAAAUCGAACUUAUCAUCAUCAAGUUGCAGUCAAAAUAAAGAUAGGCAUAUCAACUUGUUCAAGAGCUCUUCGAUGGGCAGUGAAACCAUUCUUUCGUGUUCGGCGACUAGCUUACCAGAUUGUCCACAAAGGUCCACGGGGCUUCAUAUAAAUUGCGGCGGUGGAAAAGUAACUGUUAAUGAAGGUACUGUAUAUGAUGCUGAUACAGAUAAAGGGGGACCUUCAAAUUUCGCCGGCACACAAGGACAAGACUGGUCGUUUAGCAGCACUGGUCAAUUCAUGAGCCAAAAACAAGAUUACAUUUUGCAAAAUUUGACCGAACUGAUCUCUACGGACACGACCGAUCCAAGACUGUACAUGACAGCGCGCUCUUCUCCUCUCUCUCUUACUUAUUAUGCCUUUUGUUUGGUAAGUGGGAAUUACAGAGUAAGGCUCCAUUUUGCGGAGAUAGUGUUCACUGAUGAUGAAACGUACAGCAGCUUAGGAAGACGUAUAUUUGAUGUUUACAUUCAGGGAGAGCGAGUGCUGAAGGAUUUCGAUAUUGUAAAAGCGGCAGGUGGGGUUCGUAAGCCAAAUAUACAAAGUUUUAAUGCUGUCGUGACUAAUAGUACCCUGGAGAUUCGUUUCUACUGGGCUGGGAAGGGGACAACUGAUAUCCCGUCCCCAGGAGAUUAUGGUCCUCUUAUUUCUGCCAUUUCUGUGGAUACCAACCCUUCAGGCGGUAUAUCUGUAGGAGCAGUGGUUGGAAUUAUCGUUGCCGGAGCUUUUGUCAUAAUAUUAUUUGUUGUGGCUAUCCUCUGGUGGAAAGGCUGUCUAGGACAGAGAUCAAGUGCUACUGAUCAUGAUUUAAGAGACCUAGACCUGAAAACUGGAACAUUCACCUUAAGGCAAAUCAAAACAGCCACAAACAACUUUGAUGAGGCGAAUAAAAUUGGGGAAGGUGGUUUUGGUUCUGUUUAUAAGGGCCUUCUGUCUGAUGGCACCAUGAUGGCAGUCAAACAGCUUUCUUCCAAAUCAAAGCAAGGAAAUCGUGAGUUUUUGAAUGAGAUCGGCAUGAUUUCUGCUUUGCAACACCCUCAUCUUGUAAAGCUCUAUGGAUGCUGUGUUGAAGGAAAUCAAUUGUUGCUGGUAUACGAGUACAUGGAAAAUAAUAGCCUUGCUCGUGCUUUGUUUGGGCCAGAAGAAUAUCAGUUGCAAUUGGAUUGGCCAACAAGACAUAGGAUUUGUGUUGGUAUAGCAAGAGGUUUGGCAUAUCUCCAUGAGGAAUCAAGGUUGAAGAUUGUCCAUAGAGACAUCAAGUCUACUAAUGUCUUGCUUGAUAAAAAUCUCAACCCUAAGAUAUCCGACUUUGGUAUGGCCAAGCUUGAUGAAGAGGAUAAUACCCACAUCAGCACCCGAAUUGCUGGAACUUAUGGUUAUAUGGCACCUGAGUAUGCGUUGCAUGGUUAUUUAACUGACAAAGCAGAUGUUUACAGUUUUGGAAUUGUUGCCUUGGAAAUUGUCAGUGGGAAGACCAACACGAGUCACCGGCAAGGGGAAUCUCUACUUCUUCUUGAUUGGGCACUUGUUUUGAAAGAAAAGGGAAAUUUGUUGGACUUGGCCGAUCCAAGAUUAGGCUCAAACUACAACAAGGAAGAGGUUAUGCGCAUGAUUAAUGUGGCUCUCCUAUGCGCUAAUGUUUCUGCAUCAGUUAGGCCUACCAUGUCCUCAGUGGUGAGCAUGCUUGAGGGCAGUGCUGUUAUUCCUGAGUUGGGUCCAAAUUUAAGUACUGUAGAUGAUGAAAUGAAAGUGAAGGCACUGUGGGAUCAUUUUCAAGACAAGAAAGAAUCGAGUAGGCCCGGAAAUAGCCAGACCCAAAGUACCGUAUUAACGGAUGACCAAUUCACCGGUACUUCAUCUACAUCUGCCGUUGAUCUAUAUCCAAUCAAUAUGGAUUCUAGUUAUUUGGAGAGAAGAGUUUAGAUAAAUGAGCAAUACGACUCUUCAUUCUUA